AGUUGUUUAUGAGUUGUUUUGUGUAUUUUUGAAAUUCGAUUCUCGAAAUGAAAUUCAAGUAUCAAAGCAAACACAAGUCUCUUCUUCUGUUUAAAUUCAAAUCAAUUAAACACAUUGCACGAGUUGUGGCGCGUGCAUUGGCUAAAUCCUUUUUCUAUUUGGGCGCACCUCCCAUCUGUCCGCGACAUCAAUUGUCGCUGCUGAGUCUUUAUCCCCAUUGCCCGUACAUUGGAUACUGUUUGUGCUAUCCAAUAUCAUCAUCAACAUCAUCUGGUCACCGAUAUGCUGGGCACUCUGUACUUUGUGCUCUAUGAGUUCCUCAGAUUCGUUUGCCCGUUGCGUAUCUUUCAUGACAUUGAGGAAAUGGAGCCGCAGCUGGACUUGAAGCACGGCGACAUCUGGUAUGAGAUAUGAGAUGGCUGCUCCUAAUUGAUUGAUGAUGUGACC